AUGGACAGAUUUUUGAUUCGAACUGAUGGUAAUAACCAUGCUUGUGAAGAGGAGAGUGUUAUGCUGAACGAAAAUGAAGAUGUCCCAAAAACUAAUAGGCGAAAGAUAUGCUCCUCAUGGAUUGCUGAUUUCAGUGAUUGGCUAAUUAAAAAGGAAACUGCUGCAGGUGAUGAAGAACUUUUUUGCAAGGUAUGCAAUGCCUUUCUUAAAGUGAGUUCCGGCAAAUCAGAUUUAAUAAGCCACAAGAAUACCCAAACGCAUAAAACCAGAUCAAUUUGUAUUACGAAUAGUCAAACCACUAUUGCGGAGCAGUUCAGAAAUAACACUAGAGAAACGAGACUGGUACAAACCUUGUAA